GUUCAAGUGGAUUGCAUUCAUUAGCUUGAAUCUCUUCGUUCGUGUAACAGUUACUGUAAUAUCAUUCAAAAUGAACUUCGCCAAGAUUUUCUUCUUCAUAUUCGCUUGCAUAGUUUUCACUACAGUUUCCGGCGCUCCGAGUCCUAAAUGGAAGCUCUUCAAAAGAUUUGAAAAAAUCGGAAGAAACGUUCGGAAUGGUCUUAUCAAGGCAGGCCCGGCGAUUCAAGUCGUCGGCCAAGCCACUGCCAUCGCCAAGGGAGCGACAAUAAGAAAGUGCACUUCUCUUAUUAAAGGAAAAAUGAAUUUUGCCAAGAUUUUUGUUUUCUUAUUCGUUUGCAUCAUGGCCGUUAUAACUGUCAACGCUGAUCCAGCACCGAGAUGGAAGCCGUUUAAGAAAUUGGAAAAACUUGGACAGCGAGUACGAGAUGGUAUCAUCAAAGCGGGGCCAGCAGUUGGAGUCAUAGGACAGGCGAGCACUAUACUCAAAGGCUAAGCAUUGACAGAAAAAUCUUACACUGUACCACCAAUUUAAAUUAUAAGAAUUAAAUUAUUAUCAUUCAA